UGGACCGAACCCCGGCGUUGCUCCGAGGCAGCAGUCCUGGUCUGAGCCCAGAGAUGGUUCCCGUCCUCGCCCCGCUUCUCCUCGCCCUCCUGCUGCCCCGCCCGGCCGCCUCCACCGGCCUACAGCUCAGAGGUCAAAGGUCACCCAGGGACACCAAGCAGGACUCCAUCAAGGUGAUCAUCUCAGAAGGUUGGUCCUCUCAGGGAGAUUCUUCUGAUUCCAGCCACGCAGCGAAAGAACUCGACCUUUCACCCGGGUCUCCUCUGGUUCUCACACACAAGAUCAAGCUGGUCCCGUCCGGUCCGGGUUCUCUGUCUGGAUCUGGGACCGGUUCCGGGUCCUGCGGCUGUGAGGCCGAAUUCGCUGCCCUCCGAGAACGUGUGGAGAACCUGGAGAGGGAGGUGUCGGCGCUGAGAGCGAAGUGUGGAGAACCGGAAGGGAACUGCUGCACCUCCAGAGAGAGCAAAGGUGCUGGCUGCUCCAUCCAACCGGAUCAAACCGGUUGUGUGAACGAGUGCAGCGAUCAGGGCCGCUGCGUCGGCGGUCGCUGCGUCUGCUUCCCCGGCUUCACCGGGCCGGACUGCGGCAGGUCCGACUGUCCCGGGAACUGCAGCGACAGGGGGCGCUGCGCCGACGGCCGCUGUGUCUGCGACCCUGGAUUCACCGGGCCGGACUGCAGCGAGCCCGGCUGCCCCGCCGGCUGCGGCGGCAGGGGGCGCUGUGUGGACGGCAGGUGUGAGUGCGACGCCGGGUUCUCUGGUCCCGGCUGUUCGGACCAAUCCUGUCCCGGCGACUGCAGCAACAGGGGGCGCUGCGUCGGUGGCCGCUGCGUCUGCGACCCCGGAUUCGCCGGGCCCGACUGCUCGACCAAGGCGUGUCCCGGCGGCUGCAGCGACCGCGGCCGCUGCGUCGACGGUCGCUGCGUCUGCGACGACGGCUUCGCCGGGGCCGACUGUUCAGAGGACGGCUGUCCGAACGGCUGCGGCCGCCGCGGGACGUGCCUGAACGGGAAGUGCGUCUGCGAGGCGGGGUUCUCCGGACCGGACUGCGCCUCCAGGGACUGUCCGAACGGCUGCAGCUCCAGGGGGCGCUGCGUGAAGGGGGCCUGUGUCUGCCGGCGGGGCUUCACCGGGCCGGACUGCAGCCGGUGCCAGGAGGGACGGACCGGACCCGACUGCCACAGCGUCCUGCCGUCCGUCUCCCAGCUGAGUCCUGAGGACGUCUCGGAGACGUCGGUCACUCUGGUCUGGACGCCGCCUGAAGUCCAGUACGACUCGUAUCACAUCAGCUUCAGAAGCCAGAAGGACGGUGACCAGCUGAUCCCGGUCCAGGUGGAUGGCGGUCUGGUCUCCUUCACUCAGACCGGUCUGGCAGCCGGUCAGGACUACAGCGUCAGCGUAGUGGGGGAGCUGGAUGGGCGGAGAGGAGCCGAGACCUCCACCACCUUCAGAACACUCAUCUCUGGCCCCGCCCACCUCCACGUGGUCAAGACCAGCUCCACCUCCGCCGUGGUGCAGUGGGAGGAGCCGGCGGCGGCCGUCGACCGGUACCUCCUGACGGUCACGCCCGGCGACGGAGAGGGGCGGAGUCAGCAGAUCGCCGUCCCCUACGGACAGAGCUCCGCCCACAUCCGGCAGCUGGAGGCGGGGCGGGAGUACGACCUGGCGCUUGUGGCGGAACGAGGCGAGAGUCGGAGCGCAGCCGCCACCACUCAGGUGGUUCCGGGCGUCGCCACGGCGGCUCUGACCCUGCAGGUCACACAGGCGCCCGGCCCGGACCGGGACUCGAACCCUCGACCCGGGGCGCCCGGCCGCCCGGAGGAGGCGGACUCCGUCCGGGACCGGGUCCCUCUGACGCCCAGAGCGCAGACCCUCAUCAGCAGGGCCCUGGCGGCGAACGGGACCAGGCUCAGGGUCGCAGGGAGGCCAAAGGUCAGCGGGCCUAAGCCGUCACGGUCCAGCCCGGCCAGAGGCGGUCCGGAUGGACCCGAACUCCAGCUGCAGGGCCAGAGACCGGGUCCCAGGGACCAGGUCUCCACACACCACACCCAGACGGUGGACCCGACAGCGAUCUGGAAGGCCCAGAUCCAGCGAGUUCAGAUCCAGCCGGUACAGAUCCAUUGGGUUCAGAUCCAGCUGGUCCAGAUCCAGCGGGCCCUGAUUCAGCGGGUCCAGGUCCAGUGGGUCCAGAUCCAGGACCGGCGGGGGGGGGCGGGGCUGCAGGGCGGCCCGGCGGCGCCCCCUUCUGGGGAACUGGACCCGCUGCACAAACUCCUGACUGAGACCUUUCAGAGCCUCAACGUCUCCACGUUCUCCGUCCACCUGUCCGGAACGUCCAACCUGUCCCGGGACGACGGGACGGCGAGGAGGCAGCUGAUCGGCGGCUUGUCCUCCUCCUCUUCAUCACCUUCCUCACCUUCAUCAUCCUCCUCCUCUUCAUCACCCUCCUCACCUUCAUCACCCUCCUCUUCAUCACCAUCCGUCCCAGAUAACCCAGACUCUUCUGGAGGCGGUAACCAUGGCGACAGUCCGACUGACAGGAAACAGCCGUCCCUCUCAGAGAAAGUUCCGUAUUUCCGCCGGACUCUUCCUCGACGCCGCCCUCACCCGAACCUUGGUCUGUUCCAGAACAGAACCCUCCAGAACACCAGGGUUCCUCAUCGGUUCCCUCCUCGCCUGAACCCUGAAGUCCAAACCGAGUCCAGAGAUGAGUCGUCCUCAGACCCGGAGGUCGGGAAGGUGAAUCCUCCCAGGGACACCAAACAGAGGACAGCAGCGUCCACUCCGUCCAAACCGUCCACACUGUCCAGAAUCAGACAGAACGUCGCACUGACAGAUGGAGAACCAUCCCCGGUUCUCCGUCCUCCUCCAGAAGGAGGAUACUCCCGUCAGCCCUCUCUUCAUGUUGGACCUCUUCAGAACCGAACCCGUCCACUCCGGCAUCCUCUCACUGGUCCAGCAGACACAGAGACCUCGUCUCCUGUGAAACCGACAGGCUACCGUCCAUCCGGUUCAGGACCGGAGACGGAGGAGAAAGCUGGAACCGUCAGAGGAACAUUAUCUGGAGAACCGCCUUCUUCCCGUCACCCACCCAGGAGAGCUGGACUCUUCCACCGGACUCCUCAGAACCGCACCAACCUGACAUUUCCACAAAGGGGUCUGAUACGCAAACCUGUCCCGAGCACGAAGCUGAAUGUGGGCCUGAGACCCGGUCCUGGAGAUCCACCCAGCCAACUGGAGAGGGAUCCUCUCAGCGGGAACCAAGCGGGGCAGCAGAAUGUCCCCAGACAGUCUGAGCAAGACCAAACCAGGGACUCAGUGGAACGAGACUCUCCGACGGCAGCGUCCAUCGCUGAGGACAACGGUCGUGGUGCCAAUGAGCUGGAAGAGGAGAACCCAGAGGAAUCUAAGACCACCAACUUUCAAGAGUCAAGUCACAGUCAUCCAGGACUCUCAGGGUCAGUCCCACCCCCAACGGGACCAGCACCACUAAGAACCAUGAAAGGGGAACGUUCCACUCCGGCAGAUGACCGUGACUCUUCGAUCCGGUCAGGAACUAAAGAGUCCGAUCAGGAAGACGGUGAAAGGAUUGGUCCCACAAGUUCUGACCCUCUAAACGAAGGUCUAGCUCCGGAGGAAAGUCCAGGCACGCCAGCUGAAGGUCUGCCCACCACAGAAGAACCUGGUUCUAAAGCCUUCAGACCAUCUACAACAAGACCUGAUGAGUCAGAACAGGGAGCAAGUACCAGAACCAGAACCAACAUUCUGGUUCAAGGUGGGCUAACAAUGAAACCCAUCAGACCGUUUAGUCCGCCGAAGAGAGAACCAGCACCAACAACCGGCCCCGAAGCACGUUACAGUCGGACAGGCAGCCAUGGUGCUACAGUCAGACCAUCAAACACCUUCUCAGUCAUGGGAGCUAAUGAAGGAACCAUCACCGGAGACAGUGUCAGUCCCAGAAAGAACACUUCAGGACCUGCAAGUCCAGUCAGACCAAUAAGCAGGAAACCACCAACAAGAACAAGACCAGGACACCCAGGUAGAACCCAGAUAGAAAGCCAGCACAGUAGAAUCAAACCAGGAACCACUGUCUCAGACUUAGUGGAUAAUGUAGGAAGCGAGAGCAAAGGGAGUGAGAAGACUGGAACUGGACCCAAAGGUACUCCAACUGUCAACCAUCCUGAUUCAAGACCCCCAAGACCAGUCCCCCCUCUGAAAAGACAGCCAUCAACAAGAGUAAGAACAGAAGAGAACCAUGCCAGGACAGGCAGCCAGGGCACUGACCGCAGACCAGGAACCAGAGGACUCCCAGGAACUAAAGCCACAGGUCCACCAACUCUCCAAGAACCCCAUUCCAGACCCGUAAGACCAGUUAUCCCCCCAAAGAGGUUCCCACCAACAAGAACCAGACCAGAAGAGCAGCACACACCGAUAGAUCCAGGCAGACCAGGAGGUCGAGCCUUAGAACCCUCAAGACCAGUACCACUCUCAAAGAGAGUAGGAACAGGAGGCUCUGGCAGUCAGUCAGUCAGACCAGGAACUGGAAUCUCAGAAACAGGAAGUGGAGUAGGGACAGGAGGAUCUGACAGUCAGACUGUCAGACCAGGAACUAGUGAGUCAGCAGUGGGGGACAGUGAAGGUCCUGUAUCUGCAGGUUCUGUCUGGACUGGACAGACCAAUGGCUCCGUCAUUAGAGAUCGACCAACCCUCAAACUGACCGAUUCCAGAGCCUCCAGACCAGGACCAGUCACCAGUCCCAAGAAAACCAAGACCGGGCUGCUUCACACCCCCAUGAGACACCGAGUCAACCAGGACAGGGACCGGCCCGGUUCAGGCCACAGCACUGAAAGGCUGCUGGGCAGUGGAACAGCAGCAGGUCCAGAACCCAUCAGGGAGCCUCCAGAACCCGUGAGAGAGCCUCCAGAACCCAUGAGGGAGGAUCCAGAACCCGUCAGGGAGCCUCUGGACUUCGUUGGCGUGACGAACCAGACGUCUGAUGGAUUUACGCUGGUCUGGGACUCCCCUGAAGGGAAGUACCAAAACUUUGUCGUUACUGGAAAAGUAUCUGGGACAGACGAAGAAGGAGAAGACUCGAGGGACGGCGCUGAAACAGGAAGUGAGAAGACUCAACCAUCCAAACACAAUAACAGAGUCCCAGAGGGUUCUAUCACCGAAGAGUCCACCGUCCAGACCGGUUCCUUCCAAACGGUGGCGCCCGGCUCAGCUCGCUCCCUCCAGGUCCAGGAUCUCCUCCCAAAGACAGAAUACACCCUGACUUUGCUGGGGACGGGUCCCGGUCUUCUGUCCAGACUGCACAAGCUGGUCAUCAGCACAGGCCCCGAGCCGCCGACCAACAUCGUCUUCAGCAAAGUGACGGAGGACUCCGUGACGGUUUCCUGGACCAAACCCAGGAGCCCCGUCAGCGGAUUCAAGGUCACCUACAGCCACCCGGAGAACGGUGAGCCGGUCUCGGUCUCGGUGGACUCGGAGGACUCCUCUGUGGGACUGUCCCGGCUGUCCCCCGGGUCUUCUUACGAGGUGAACGUUGUCUCCACCCUGGGCCUGGACGAGAGCGACCCCCUCCACGGCCUGCUGGAGACACGUCCUGACCCACCCUCAGACCUGCGAGUGGUCAACGUGUCUUCGUCCUCGGCUCUGCUGCUGUGGCGUCCGGUGCUGGCGGCGGUGGAUCAGUACGCCAUCGUCUACGGAGCGGGAACCGGUUCCGAGCUCCGGAUCUCGGUGACGGGGAACGCGGCCCAGCAGUGGCUCAGCGGUCUGGACGGGUCCACUACCUACACUGUCACCGUCAGCAGCCGGCGGGGGGACCAGGACAGCCGGCCGGCGUCCGCCAGCUUCACCACCGCCGGCAGCGGACCAGGUGAAGGUGGCGCUGGAUCUCAGGACCUCCGAGCCUCUGACGUGACGCCCCGCACCGCCACGUUGUCAUGGAAAACCCCGUCACAGCCUGUGGACCGCUACAGACUGACCUACCAGACCGCGGGCCAGGACGAGAAGGUCGUCUUUGUGGACGCCUCGGUGACGCAGUUCAACCUGAGCAGACUUCGUCCAGGAUCGUCCUACUCAGCAGUGCUGCAGGCGGAGCGAGGGGGAGGAGCCACGUCUGAGAGCUCCACCCACUUCACCACCGGGCCCCUCCGGUUCUCCUUCCCCUCUGACUGCUCCCAGGAGCUCCUGAACGGCCUCGUCUCCUCAGGAGAGGUGGAGAUCUUCCCCGGAGGAGAACAGGAGCCUCCGGUGACGGUCUACUGCGACAUGGAGACGGACGGCGGCGGCUGGACGGUCUUCCAGCGGAGGAAGGACGGCUCCGAGGAUUUCUUCAGAGGAUGGAAAGAUUACGUCCGAGGGUUCGGAGAUGUGAACGGAGAAUUCUGGCUCGGUCUGGACAGUCUGACCAACCUGACCUCCAUGACCCCCAUGACCCUGCGGGUGGACCUGCGGGACGCGGACGACUCGGCCUUCGCUCAGUACUCCACCUUCGCGGUGGGGGGGCGGAACUACAGGCUGACGGUGGGCGGGUACGGCGGCACGGCCGGCGACUCCUUCAGCUACCACAACGGCCGGAUCUUCUCCACCAGGGACCGGGACCCGGCGCCCUUCAUCACCCGCUGCGCCAUGUCCUACCGGGGCGGCUGGUGGUACAAGAACUGCCACCAGGCCAACCUCAACGGGCUGUACGGCGUCGGCGUGCGGCACCAGGGCGUGGUCUGGACCUCCUGGAGGGGAAACGAGUUUUCCAUUCCGUUCACCGAGAUGAAGAUGAGGCCGACGGCCUUCAGGCCCCCGUCCAGAGGAUGAACUGCUGACACACACACACACACACACACACACACACACACACACACACACACACACACACACACACACAGAGAACCUUCCAGAACCCUCUUCCUGAGCAGCCAUGUCUCUGAAGGUUGUUUCUGCUUCAGAUUUUUUUUAAUCUCAAAUCAAAACUCCCUGAGAGACCAGGAGACCCGCAGAGACCACCAGGUCCACAAGAAAACCUGGAUCCACAACUGGCUGAUCCAGGUCUAAAUCUGGCCAGAUCCAGGUAUAAUCCAGGUCAGAUCCAGAUCUAAACCCAAGUCUGAUCCAGGCCUAAACCCAGGUCUGAUCCAGAUCUGAUCCCGGUCAAAGUUUAGGUCUGAUCCAGGUCUUAACCAGGCCAGGUCUAAAUCAGGGUCUACAUCCAGGUCUAAUCCAGUCCUUAUCCAGUUCUGAUCUAGGUCUAAAUCCAUGUCUGAUCGAAAUGUGAUCCAGGUCUAAUCCAGAUCUUGGUCUAAAUCCAAGUCUAAUUCCAUGUUUGAUCCCACAUUUAAAUCCUGGUCUGAUCCAGGUCUAAAUCCAGGUCAAAAUCCAGGUUUAAAGCCAGUCCAAACUGUGAGAAGAUCUAGAAAUCGAACUUAAGUUCCUGUACGAGACCCGAGGAACCGAAACCAGAUUAAACCUGGUUUAGUUUAAAAUUAAUCUGAGAUUACAGAUUAAUCUGAGAAAUGACAUUUACUUAAAUCAAAAACCAGUCUGGAACCAGACUGAAGGAACCUCGACACGGUUUAAUCCCGCCCACAAUCCGCACCAAGGGAACUGAACCCCGGCUGAAACCGGUUCAGAAUGCAGUCAGAACCCAGUGUAAACCCACUGCUGGAAUACAGAACCAGGGUGAAUCCAGACCAGGAACCGGGGCGAAUCCAGACCAGGAACCAGGGCGAAUCCAGACCAGGAACCAGGGCGAAUCCAGACCAGGAACCAGGGCGAAUCCAGACCAGGAACCGGGGUAAAUCCAGACCAGGAACCACGCGAAUCCAGACCAGGAACCGGGGUGAAUCCAGACCAGGAACCAUCUUAAAUCCAGUUCAGGAUCAAGGUCUCCUCAGGGAAUAAAAAAAUAAAGGAAGACAUUCUGAACAGUAACCAGACAGAACCCGGUUUAAACCGGUCUAAACCGGUCUAAAGCGGUCGAUCUGAGAGCAGCGAGACACCAUCAGUGGCAACACUUUGAUGAAGGUGGAGGAGAUGAACCCAGAGCUCCGUCAGCUGGCCACAGAUGAAGCAGUGAAUUUAUGUGGAUCAUUAAAGGUUUCAUUAAACUGCUCUUUGUAUC